AUGUUGCAUAUACUGAGGAACAUAGAUAUUGUGCUGUGGGGAAUCAUGAGAUCAAAUCCUGUUCAAGUAUUAGGUUUCACGUGGCAUGCGUAUUGUAUGAGGACGGGGCUUGAAGAGGGCUAUUAUGUGCACUGUAGAAAUGGAUUAAAGGACACGAAAAGCUUUUCUUUUUCUGAGAAGAAAAAAGAAUCGGAAAAAUGGAGGAUAGGCCAAACUCAAGACACCAUGCCCGACGCCACGACAUGCAGGUGA